AGAGCUCACAACUCGUAUAGCGCCAAAAAAAAAAAAGCGACUCCUGUCUUCGCAUACCGGACAGAGUCAUCGGAGCCAAGAUGGUCUCAGGGACGCUAUUAUCAUUAUUGGAUUAACUGAUACAUUAUUUUCAGACACAAAAUUGUCUUUUUCAAAAUAGGCCUAUGAGUUACUAGUGUGAAUAUUGUUUAAUUGUUUCGUUAUUGUUAUACUUUCUUGUGUCGUCUUCUUUUCCUGUUUUUAUACGCACCCGUAGACGCAGAAGUCAGAUGUUUGGUAUUAGAAAGACAAAGCCAGAAAAUUAUUAGAAAUGAAUGCUGGGAUUGACGUCUGCUUGAGCUUCGUAGUCGUGUGCGUCACGCUAUUCGUGGGGCUCUCUCUGGGUCAAGACAUCAGUGCAUGUGAUGUCAGCAAGGGGACUCAUGGAAGAGGUAUAUGUGGCGCCCGCCUGGCCAGAGCUCAUGCCAACCUGUGCUUCUUGUUGCGUAACCAGUUCCCAGACGUGUUCCAAAGGAAGCGCUCAGUGGAGAACAGCAUUGGAGACGUGUUCAGUAUUCCUUUGUCGACACUAGCAGACGUGGACCUCGCUCGGGACGACUCAAACAAGAAAACCAAUAUACCACCAUUGAUGGCCUACACAGAUACCAACGCUCUUUUGUCGACAGAACCAAGAAACUUCAGAGACCUCUUCUUAACGCUGAGAUACAGUUUGGACAAUUCCCGCCCAAAACGCCAGAGCGAUCAACAACCACGUGACAUAGUCUGCGAGUGCUGCAUCAACAACUGCACCGCCCGACAACUUGCGACAUAUUGUUAACCCUCCAUCGCAGACUCUUUUAGCGCCAUAUUUGAAAAUUUCAAGAAUCUCCAAAAUCCAAGCUGCUUCAAGAUCCAGAAGUUUUUACAAAAUAACCCCAAUUAUUUUAAAUUUGUUUAAUCUAAUCGAUCUUUCAAAUAUUUUUAAUGUUUUGUUUUUAGCUGAUUUUUGUUAGGGCCAAGUUAGUCUAAAAAUGUUUUAAUUAGGAUGUUUUAAGAGAUUAUAAAACAAAUGUACAAGAUUUGUAUUAUGUUUGUGAGAAAUUUUUAUAAUAAAGUUUAUAACACAUAACAA